UUAACCAGGAAGUGUACAGCACCGCUCCGUGUUGUUUACACAUGGUUGAACGUUCACGUGGAAAAAAAAAAAAGAUAUUGUUCUGUAUGAAAAAAAAUGUCUUCAAAGAAAAAUAAAAGCAAGACGAAGAAGGGAAGUGAAGGAGACAGCUCGCUCGUAGUGAAGGAGGGAUCUGAAGGCUCCUCAAACCUGCAAACAUCCGGUCACGAAGGAGGAGGAAGCUGCAGAAGUUUUAACAACAACUCAUUCACUGUCACGGAUUUCAUUGAUAAAGCUGAUGACAAAACGCCGAGAUGUUGCAGAUCGACUUUAGCCCAGCUGAGCCUCAACUCAAUGAAGUCGGCGAGCGUCUGCAUCGGGAGACCGGUCCUGCUGACGAGUCCAACGGGAAAACAAGAGGUGUGUUUGGGAUGGCCAGUUGCAGCUUUUCCUGCGGGGAAAGUUGGUCUUCAGAAAUGUGCUCAGAGUAACCUCAAGGUGAAGUCAGGGGACGAGGUGACGCUGCACCCACUGACAGGUGCUGUUCUUCAAGCAGAGGAGGUGACGCUCUCCUGCAGGUCCAAAGACGACACGUUAGAGACGGAGGAGUUCAAAAACUUCUUCCUAAGGACUCUGGUUGGGAAAAUCAUCUUGCCAGGAAAUGUGAUCUCCCUGACGUACUUCGGCCGCUCAUGCAGUCUCCGGGUGGAGGCCGUUAGAGGGGAAGACGGCGCCACCCUCCACAGACCGGCUCCUCCCCCAGGACCGGGCCCUGACACCGAGGAGUCGUCUGUGAUGAACUCUGUGCUGGACUCGUCGUCAGCCGACCUCUCCCUGCAGCUCAGCUUGCUCACUGUGGACGACGACAACACUGAAGGGACAGCGAGCACGCCUGGAGAGCCUGGACCUGCAGCCAGCACCCCGCGUAGACCAGCACAACUCCCCUGUCUCUCCUCGCCCCCUGCUCUCUGUACCCCGUCGUCCUACAUCUCCCAGAAUCCUCCUUCAGGGGAGAGUGUCAAUCUGGAGAACUCAGUCAGCUCAGAGAAAAUCCCCACAGCUCCCCCUGGUGGUGCCUUGAAUACUGACACCUUCUACUGCCUCUCCUGCUCCACUAAAGUCAGUUUGAGAGACCGAGCGGGGAAGGAGGAGGAGCCAGACGCAGAAGCUAAAAGAUCAAAAGUCACAUACAGCAUGAUUGGCGGGCUCAGCAGCCAGUUGGAUGUCAUCAGAGAGACCAUCGAGCUUCCUCUGAAACACCCCGAGCUGUUCUCCAACUAUGGGAUUCCACCUCCCAGAGGAGUCCUUCUGUACGGUCCUCCAGGCACAGGAAAGACUUUGAUUGGCCGAGCCAUAGCCAACGAGGUGGGAGCUCACAUGACGGUGAUCAACGGCCCUGAGAUCAUGAGCAAAUUCUACGGUGAAACAGAAGCGAGGCUGAGGCAGAUCUUUAUGGAAGCAUCUCAGAGACGGCCUGCGAUCAUCUUUAUCGACGAGCUCGACGCUUUGUGUCCAAGAGAGGGAGCGCAGAACGAGGUGGAAAAACGAGUCGUGGCUUCUCUGCUGACUCUGAUGGACGGGAUCGGUUCAGAGGGUCACUCAGGUCAGGUGUUGGUCUUGGGGGCCACAAACCGGCCCCAUGCUCUGGAUCCUGCUCUGCGCCGACCAGGACGCUUUGACAAGGAGCUGGAGGUGGGCGUUCCCGGUGCUAAAGAACGUGCAGACAUUUUGCAGAAGCAGUUGAGUUUUGUACCAUGCAGCGCCACAAACGAGGAGCUGACGCAGCUGGCCGAGGCGGCUCAUGGAUACGUAGGAGCCGACCUCGCUGCUAUUUGCAAAGAAGCAGGUUUGCACGCACUGAGGAGAGCCCUCGCAGGUUCCCUUCAACCCUCAGACCAGCAGCUGAUGGGGACGGUGACCGUCACUCUGCAGGACCUCCAGUGGGCGAUGUCUGUCGUGAAGCCAAGCGCCAUGAGGGAGGUCGCCAUCGAUGUCCCCAAGGUCCGCUGGUCGGACGUCGGUGGGAUGGAGGAGGUGAAGCUGAAGCUGAAGCAGGCCGUGGAGUGGCCCCUGACGCACCCGGAGGCCUUCACCAGAAUGGGGAUCCAGCCCCCUAAAGGAGUCCUGCUCUACGGACCCCCAGGGUGCUCCAAGACUAUGAUAGCCAAGGCCCUGGCUAACGAGAGCGGGCUCAACUUUCUGGCUAUUAAAGGUCCAGAAUUACUGAGCAAGUAUGUUGGAGAGUCCGAACGAGCUGUGAGGGAGGUGUUUCGGAAGGCGAGGGCCGUCGCUCCGUCCGUCGUCUUCUUUGACGAGAUCGACGCUCUCGCCAGUGAAAGAGGAAGCUCUUCAGGCUCGGGCGGCGUAGGAGACCGCGUCCUGGCUCAGCUCCUGACAGAGAUGGACGGCAUCGAGCAGCUCCGGGACGUCACCGUGCUUGCCGCCACCAACCGGCCCGACAUGAUCGAUAAGGCUCUGAUGCGUCCAGGUCGCCUCGACCGAAUCGUCUAUGUGCCUCUUCCAGAUGUUCCAACUCGACGUGAGAUAUUUUCUCUCCAGUUCCGCAACAUGCCGGUGGCCCAGAAUGUGCCCGUCGAUGACCUGGUGACUAAGACCGACAAGUAUUCUGGAGCAGAGAUAACAGCAGUAUGCAGAGAGGCUGCCCUCCUGGCCCUACAAGAGGACAUCAAAGCUCAGCACGUCCAGGCCAGACACUUUGAAAGUGCCCUGAACGCUGUGAAGCCUCGGAUCCCUGACUCUCUCAUCCAGUCGUAUAUCAGCUAUCAGCAGCAGCGCGGCGGCGGCCUGUGCUUCUUCUGAGCACGCCGCUGUGGACAAACUAAGAGACUACCCUGCCACGUUUCUAUUUCAUAAUGACUAAAGUAAAUAUGGUUUGUCACCGGCGGCCAUCUUGACAAAUAUGGACUUCAGUUGUUGUUUCUUAUGUACGCUCUGUAAACACACUUUUACGUCUGAAGCUCGUGCAGAACAUUCAGAUUGUGUUGUUGAGUUAUGAGCUUAAGUGUCUAGUUUGAUCUUCUAAAAUAAUGAUGUAUUAAAAGGCAUUAUUUAUGAA